AUGCCACCUGCGCGUAGUAAUGCUAGGCGCACUACGGCGCAAGCUGACGACUACCGCGAAUUCGGUGUUGUUGGUCGAAAAACUGGUGUUGGACUCCCUGAUACAGGCGAACGCGACGAACACGGCCUGGCCCCUGUAGAAGGUCUCUUCUCCUCUCCCGAGAAGGACAAUGGCACGCCGAGCGACGAUGGCGAGCAGGAGAUGGAUCUCGAGUCUGAGGCAGGACCCGGACCCCUCUCGAUGAUGAAGGGCAUUCCGCGAUUGCUCCCGCGCGGCACAUCACCUAGGAAGUCAAACAUUCAGUCGCCAGCCAUGCGUAACCCACAUAUGGGCCGCUCAUCUUCGCCAGUUCGAGGUUCCAUUAUCGACUCGGAUCCGCCCGCAAGCUCUACAGUGGCGCGGAAGCUCGACUACCGUGGUUCGCAACAUAGCGCCCGCCGCGCCAACGGCGUCAACGGGAGACAGGACAGCGCGGAUGAGGAAGAGGAGGAAGAAGCGGCGUCGAGUCCAAGGAUCGACUCCCCACUCUUGAACGGAGGGGACGAUUCGCUCGCCAUGGUUGGAGGAGACGACGUGCACGAAGAUGAGCCUGAAGAGGAGGCACAAGAGGAAGUCGAGUCAACACGCCCCUCGCCCACGCCAGCGCCGCCCAAACGACGAGGCCGUCCACCCAGAUCAAUCGCAAAGGCGAAGGUAGUGGAGCCAGUCAAGGCCAAAUCAACUGCGCCAUCGAAAGGCAAGGCACGCGAAGAACAUAGGGCGAUCGAGCUGCCUGCCAUAGAGGGUGCCACAGAUGAGUCGGAAGAUGAUGAGCCGAUCGUACGCGGCAAGGCGGCGCAGAACAAGGCGAAGCAGAAGCAGAAGGAGACCGAACCCAGCUCAUCACAGACCUCCAAACGACGACGAUCCGCGAGGGGUUCUUUGAUAGGCGACGUCACGGAUCUCGUCGAAUCGGCCCCUGAGCAUGAACCAGCGGACGCACCUUCGCCGAAACGCCAGCGUACAGAAGCCAAACCAGGCCGACCCGCAGGGCGACCUCCAAAGAACACGAACAAAACCAAGGAGCCCGAGCCGGCAAAGAAGACGGCAGCGCCGAAGGCAGGCAGACCCGCAAAAGAUGACGCGCCAGAAGCGCCAAGCGCAGCUAAGAAGCGCGGAAGACCACGCAAAUCGGACGUCGGCGAGGAUUCCAUCAUGGACGCGUCCAAAAGGGGCCACCGCUGCCUAAAGCUCUCCUACCGCCCUCUGGCCUACUGGCGCAACGAGCACGUUGUGCAAGACGAGGAGGAGGCGUGGGAUGAUGCGCUCGGCACGAAACGCCAACACUCACGAUUCGUCCUCCCGAGCGUCAAGGAGGUGGUACGGGUGGAAGAGGAGUUGGCCGCCCCGAAACGCAAACCCGGACGCACAGGCAAGAAGGGCAGACCGUCCAAGGCGAAGCGUCAGGUCGACGAGGAGGAGGAAGAUCCAGAGCCAUGGGAGCUGGAAAAUGGCCGCGUCGAGGGCGAGACUGUCGUCUGGGACCCCGACUACGAACUCAACCCGCCGGCGCCGGAUGAAGCGGUCGCCUUUGAGCAAAACGAGCUCGCCAUCGCGUCGAGCGCCAUCCAAACACGUGAGAUUCGCGACGCGACGUUCCGGUUCGCCAAGCUGCUCAGCCUGCAAUUCUUCGGCGCCGGCGUCGUGGACCUGCCGCCGGGCACGGAGAAGAAGCCAAAGAAUUCACGGAAGAACCAGAUGACGUUUUUCGUGCACUACGGCAAGGUGCUAGUGACGGUCAACGAGACGCAGUUCAGGAUCAGCGCGGGCGGAUUCUGGAACGUGCCACGAGGCAACUACUACAACAUUUUGAACGAUUACGACCAACCAGCCCGCCUGUUCUUUGCGCAGGGCAACGAAGUUAUGGUCACAGAGCCGGAGCCUAGAGCGAACCGGGCCGACGAGUCGUCCUAUGCUGUCUAG